AUUUCAGUCUUCAAAACCUAAUUUUUAAUUAGAACACUUCCCAGAAAUUUGUUAUUCUACGAUUUUUUUUUGUUUAGGUCUGCCCCAGAAUCUGAGGAUAUUGCAACCUAAAAAUAUUUAUUUUAUAUUUUCACAAUGACGGAAAUGCAUAACAGGGAGGUCAAGUGUGUGCUUUCAUCAAAAUGGUCCAUCUUCAGAAUUAUUUAAUAGGCUGAUGAAUUCACAUUAAGAAGGUACGCGAUUCGAACCCAGACUGUUGGACCAGUUAUUUUCAUUGAGAAGUUUCAUGGGAAAGCCACGAUAGGAUUCGGACCGUUUCCUCCUGAUUUCAGUUCGCAGAAGAGGUUAUGUAGAGGUGGCGCUACAGAUGGCUGAAUAUUGUACUAUGUGCUAUGGUUUAUGAUGCUUUUACUUCAUUCGAUAUUAUCUAACCAGUAUAGUUGAAACAGCGUAGUAAAAUACGUAAAUAACAAGAAUCGAUUAAUCAUACAUUUACAUAAACGUUUAUAGUCGUCUUACCACAACAGUAAAUAGUCUUUUAAAUUUAUCUAACGGCGUUACAUAACCUAACUAUAAUAUAUUUUAUUUACAGUAUUUUCUCGCCUUGAUUUUACAGAGCACACAUGGAGAAUAAGGAAACGAGAUCCAUGGGGGGAACACCAGAAAUCAAUAGUGAUAGUGGGCUAAUCGGUAACUUGGCAACCCCAGUUGAUAAGUCUAUUACAUUAUUCGCAAUUUAAGCUUGUGGGUCAACGAGAUGAGAUUCAAGAUAACAGUUGCAAAUAUGACGUACAAAGCUGGUGAGGGGGGUAGGUAGGAAUUUUGCUAAAUUGUUUUAAUACUUAGGAAUAUCUUAUAGAUAAAAGAGUUAACUAGUAGGCAUACUUUUUGGUGAAACGAGACAGAUUGGCGACUCUUUGUAGUGGACUGUGACCACUUUAUGAAGAUGUAUAUGGAGUGGAAGACAAACAUUGGAGCUAAUUGAAGCUGUAGGCGUUGUGGUCUCGCGGUUCGGAAAAAUGCGAUAUGUACCACUAGCUGCAUCCACGAUCUGAACUGCAGGUUGCAUGAAAUCACUUUGUGAACGGUGUGAGGUGUGAAGAGUGGUGAUCAGUCAGUCUGUGUUCAAGGUGUCUGACAUGUGUGUGCACAUGAGCGUAACGAACGAUACCAACUGCAGUUCCGAUUACACGUCUGAGCCAUCUACUCCAGAAGGGAAUUUCAACUUCAGUGAUGGAAAGUCGUAUGACGUGGAGGUGGAUAUUCGAGCUGGAUGCCAUAUUAUCAUGUCCCAGAACAAUACUUACGACAACUUUGACUACAAUAAACACUUCUUCCCCAAUGAGAUAUGGAUACAAAAAGCGGAUUGGGAAAUUGGAGUUAAGACAGCGGCGUCCAUCGCCGUGGUGAUCCUGGGAAUUGUGGGUAACGUUCUAUUGCUCAGCGCUGUUCUGCGCAAUCGCUCAAUGCGAACCCCGACGAACUUACUGAUCGCCAACAUGGCCGUCGCCGACCUGGCGACCCUUAUAAUUCUACCCUGGGUGUUCAUUUGCAUGGACUGCUUUCAGAACUACAUACUGGGCGAGGUUGGCUGCAAGGCGCAAGGAUUUCUUGAGUGUUCGCUUCUGUUCACCGGAGUUCUUAAUCUGGUGGCCGUGAGCUACGACAGACUGACGGCCAUAGUGACGCCCCUGGAAGCCCGGAUGACAGUCCACGGGGCACAUAUUGUCAUGGCGUUCACUUGGGUGACGGGUGUGAUCCUCGGCCUGCCGCUUGUCUUUUUCCGCAUUUACAGGGAAAGAAAGUGGAAGAAUUUCAACGAGACUUACUGCACUGAAGAAAGGGCAGUGAUGUCUGUCUAUUGGUACGUGGUCAUCCUGUUCGUCGUUUGGCUACCCCUAAUUCUCAUGAUUCUGUGCUACUCGGCCCUUUUCUUCAAGCUGGACCGGUACGAGAGAAAGGUUCUUCGCCGGGAGCAUCCUAUCAGUGUGAGCUACAAGACGAAGGUCGCGCGCACGCUGUUCGUCGUCGUCGUGGUUUUCGUGCUUUGUCGCGUGCCUUUCACGGCCCUUAUUUUUCUGAGGGCCGACCUUCAUGAGGGCACUCAGACCAUCAACCAGGUUGUGGAUGCUUACAACACACUGUGGUUCGUCUCCCACUACUUGAUAAUCGUCAAUGCUGCAACGGAUCCCAUUAUCUACGGCCUCACGAACGAAAACUUCCGGCGCGCGUUCCGGACAUCAGCUCUUGCCCGAUGGCUGUUCGGGACUUCGGUUGCUGAGCCUGUACUGCGCACACCUCGACCGCCAAUGGACAGGCUUGAACCUAGAAACCUCUUCCUUAAGAGCGCCUCCGCGAACCACUGGUUCAGCUCACCGGGACAAAUGAAGAGCUAGACGCGGAACACGGAUAGUUCGCCCUCUGAAGGCCUUCUUAUGAAUUUUAUCUGUGUAUCCCUCUUGGUCUUCCUCCUUGCUGACUUCCCUGACAUACUUCCUUUUUAUCCGCCAUUUUCGAUCAUAUUUCAUUUUCUGAUACGUGGUACCCCAGCCAAUAUAGUGUCUAGGUCACAGGCUGGACGGCAGGGUAGGAUUUCCUUCUUCGUCACAACGUCGAGACCCGCUCUGGGCCCCACACAGCCUCCAGUCGAAUGGGUAACGGGAUUUCCCCCCCCGUAAUUGUCGGCGUAAGGUUGACCACGUGCCGAAGUUAAGAAUAUCUCCUCCACUCCCCCACACGACUGCAUGACUUACUUAAGUACCAGGGACCACUUUACCUUUUCUACAGUGGGCCUAUUUUCGCAAUGUCCUCUCAUUACGUUCGUCAGCUUUGUGAAUUUGUGGAGUAUAACCCCUUAUUAAAAAAAAAACUGU